CUUUUAAAUUUAACCUUGAGGAAAUCACACUUACUUUUCCUCGCAGCUGCGUGGGGACAGAAAGAGUAUUUAAGAAAAAAAACAAAGGGAUAAUAUUAUUUUGAAAUGGGGUGUUCUAUCCAACGAAUUAGUAUGCUGAGUAAAAAGGAGUCUUCGAGGCACAAUGAAAGUUCUAAUAAAUUAUCAAAUGAUAAGUCGGCAUCCGGUAAUAUCCCUUUGUCUGCGAAGCUGGAUAAUAUAUCAAAGUGCUCAGCAACUCUCACGAGGAAGAGGAAGACGAUGAAAUGGAUUGAGCAGAUCCCGAACAAGGUAGACCGAGAGUUGAAUACGUAUGAAUUACACAAUUGUUCAAUGAAUACGCUAGAAAAAUAUCAAAAAGAUGAAAUUCAGUUAUCAGAAAUAAGAGGUAUUCAUUAAACAAUACUGAGUAAGUUUUCAAUUCACUCGAGCAUACCUCAGAAUAGUUUAUGCUUCUAUUCAAAAAAAAAAAAAAACUAAUUUUUUCUAUCAUAAAUCCUAAACUUUUUCUAUUAUUAUUAUUGAUAUUUCCCAUUAUAAUAGUUGUACAUUUCUAAAGACAAGAAAAGUCUCAUACCCGGGCGUGAAUAAAUGCAAGCAAAUAUUCCAUAUGAAAAUAUUACAGAAUAUCAUUUGUUAGCCAUAUGUUGAGUGUUUCUUUUUAAAUUUUGGCUAAAUAAUAUGUAGUGGUUUUGCUUUACUUUUUUUUCACAUUCAGUAUAGGUGAACAUUUAAUUUUCAAGGGAUUCUUAGGCUUUACCAUUUGGUUUAUUGGUAUGUUAAUUGGCUUUUAUUAUUUUAAGAUUUCAUACUAGAAAAAUAUGAUAUUAAGAAGUGUCUAUAGAAUUGAUUUAUUAUCACUAUAUUUCUUCUAUUCGUUUUAACAAGAGUUAAUCUUGUAAUUAUAUCUAGAACUAUUUUAUCUUGUGGUGGCCUCUAUUACUUCAUAUCUAUUUCCGUGUACACUUUAUUCAUUUUCCAACCAUUUAUGUAAUGCUUUCGCUUAUAGAUCUGACGAGAGCUGGAGAUAAAGGAUGUCACAAUUGUUUCUACUUUUUGUCUAAUAUAUUUUCAAGAAUAUUCACAAUGCCGUGUGGAAGGUGUUCUCGGGAAUCAAGGUAGAGCUUUCUGAUAUGUGUAUAACCAUUUUUUCCCCUUUAACCUUCACGAUAUUCAUAUUUUUUGUCAUUUUCCAUAUCUUACAGUGAUUAUCUUUAUUUUUGUGUCUGUGUGUGUGUGUUGUUUUGUGGCGCAGUUCUGACAAUCUUCCCAGAUCGAAUUUCCACCGUUGCUUUAGGACAUUCCAUAGGGGGGUUUUCUUCUUCAUUUUGUGCUCUCAGU